GCUUCCCCCCCCGCCCCCCGGGGGGCCGCGACGCCCGGACAGAGGCGGCAGGUCCGGCAGCGGGACUCCGCCCCCGCGCCUACGCGCUCCUAGGCUCGGCCCUGCAGUCCGCAGCAGCUUUCCGGUGGCUCCGCCCGCGGCCCAAUUUCCAGGCGACUGUUUCCCAGCGACCGCACGGGUGGGGCGGUCUCGUCCCAACCCCCCCCCUACCCCCGUCAGCGCCGGAGAGGCCCCGCCUCUGGUUCGGGUGCGGGAGCGGGGCCUGCCUGUGGCUGCGACGCCGCGGGCGGCUCUGGGCGGGUCGGCAGAGGCAGAGGCAUGGCACGCACGGCCUCCGGGGUCGGCGGCACCCCGGGUGGGCGACGUCCCUUCUCCCGGCCUCAGUUCCCGCGUCCGUAAAACGGGGGCGAGAACCGGGCUUCGGGGCAGUACCGCGCGUAAGUUCCUCCCGUAAGCCCGGCCGCUGUGGGCCUGACCGGGUCAGGGGUGUGAACGCGGCGAUGGACUCGCUGGCAGCGCCCCAGGACCGCCUGGUGGAGCAGCUGCUGUCGCCGCGGACCCAGGCCCAGAGGCGGCUCAAGGAUAUCGACAAGCAGUACGUGGGCUUCGCCACACUGCCCAAUCAGGUGCACCGGAAGUCUGUGAAGAAGGGCUUCGAUUUCACGCUCAUGGUGGCCGGUGAGUCGGGCCUGGGGAAGUCCACACUGGUCCACAGCCUCUUCCUGACCGACCUGUACAAGGACCGGAAGCUGCUCAGUGCUGAGGAGCGCAUCAGCCAGACUGUAGAGAUCCUGAAGCACACGGUGGACAUUGAGGAGAAGGGGGUGAAGCUGAAGCUCACCAUUGUAGACACGCCAGGUUUCGGGGAUGCUGUCAACAACUCGGAGUGCUGGAAGCCCAUCACGGACUAUGUGGACCAGCAGUUCGAGCAGUAUUUCCGCGAUGAGAGCGGGCUCAACCGCAAGAACAUCCAAGACAACCGUGUGCACUGCUGCCUGUACUUCAUCUCCCCUUUUGGGCACGGGCUGCGGCCCGUGGAUGUGGGUUUCAUGAAGGCCCUGCACGAGAAGGUGAACAUCGUGCCCCUCAUUGCCAAAGCUGACUGUCUCGUCCCCGGCGAGAUCCGGAAGCUGAAGGAGCGGAUCCGGGAGGAGAUUGACAAGUUCGGCAUCCACGUGUACCAGUUCCCCGAGUGUGACUCCGAUGAGGACGAGGACUUUAAGCAGCAAGAUCGGGAACUGAAGGAGAGUGCGCCGUUCGCAGUUAUCGGCAGCAACACAGUGGUGGAGGCCAAGGGGCAGCGGGUCCGGGGGCGACUGUACCCCUGGGGGAUCGUGGAGGUGGAGAACCAGGCACAUUGCGACUUCGUGAAGCUGCGCAACAUGCUCAUCCGCACACACAUGCAUGACCUCAAGGACGUGACAUGCGACGUGCACUAUGAGAACUAUCGGGCACACUGCAUCCAGCAGAUGACCAGCAAACUGACCCAGGACAGCCGCAUAGAGAGCCCCAUCCCCAUUCUGCCCCUGCCUACCCCUGACGCUGAGACAGAAAAGCUCAUCAGGAUGAAGGAUGAGGAGCUAAGGCGCAUGCAGGAGAUGCUGCAGAAGAUGAAGCAGCAAAUGCAGGACCAGUGACCCCACUGGGUCACUGUGACCAGCCCCACAUUGCCAUGGAUAGACUGCCAGUUUCCAGGCUGGCCCUUCCCAUCCCUGGACCCCAACUGGCCUGGACUCAACCCUGGAAUCAUCUGGAUCUCCAACAGGCCUGGGCACAACCCCAGUCCCAGAGUGACCUAGACCAGGACUGUUCCCAACUUUUCCUGACCUGACCCAGAGACGCGGGGUCACGGCCCCCAGCCAGCCCUAAUUUAUUCUCAGCAUCGGUCCCUCCCCUCAUUUGUAUCUGCUUCCAAGAGGCCUAGAGAGCAGCCCCCCCACAGCUGGCCCCCUUUGCCCUUGGGAGAGCAGCAGCUAGGUUGGGGCAUGACUUUUAAGAUUUACCCCUGGCCUAGAAUGUCAUGAACUCCCAACUCCAGGCCCUACUCAGGCGGGUGGGUAAAACAAGGCAGAAUAGGGGAGCAGAUGCCAAGCAUCCCGGACCUAUUUCCCCACCCCAGUGCCGCAGAGUGGACAUGGGAGUCCUCAUGUGCCCACUCCCUUGGGCCACCCAGCUUAUGCUGAGACCUCACCUUGUGCCGAGGUGGGCCAGGUCCUUCCUUACCUCCACACCCCCUUCCUGGGUAGCUCAGUGGGCGGGUUGGGCAACAGAAGCGCUCAUGAUCCCUCCAGACCGAAGGAGGGCAGCUGGCCACAGGCAAGGAUUUAUGGGGCUGGUGGGCUGGGACGCCUGUGAUCGCCCAUACUCAUCACCUGUGGCUGUGGCCUGGCCUGAGGGCUCCAGGAGCAGUGGGUGGUGGGCAGCCUGGCAACCCCCUAUCCCUAGACUGCCAUUCCCUGCCUGUGGCUGGAGGUUCCUUCUCCCCAGCAGCACUGUUGCCCUGAAUUCCCUAGCCUAUCCAACUCCCACCCCCUACCCCCAGCAUGAUACCUUCCCCCAAACCCCAUUCUCCAGUUUUGUUCGGUUGUGAAUGCUGCCUCCUGUCCUGGUGACAGGAGAACAAUGUUGGUGAAGUCGCA